CGCGGCGCGCGCCCCACCGCCGGGAGCGCGCGCGGCUCGUCGCCGCCGCCGCCGGGCUGCCAGGCACGGCUCGGCUCGGCUCGGCUCGGCUCGGCUCGGCCCGGCCCGGCCUGCCCGCAGCCCCCCGGCCGCCUCGCCGCGCACCCCGACCCCCGCGGGCGCCGCCAUGGACGGGGGCGCCUUCGGCGCGGGCAAAGCCGGCGGCGCCUUCGACCCGCACGCCUUCCUCCGGCAGCCGCACACCCUGCUGCGGCUCCUCUCCUCGGUGUUCUCCAUCGUGGUGUUUGGCUCCAUUGUCAAUGAAGGGUAUGUGAACCGCCCGGACGAGACACAAGAGCACUGUAUUUUCAACCGCAAUCGCAAUGCUUGCAACUAUGGCAUUACUGUGGGUGUCCUCGCCUUCCUCAGCUGCCUUCUCUACCUGGCUCUGGAUGCCUACUUCCCACAGAUCAGCAGCGUCAAAGAUCGCAAGAAGGCAGUUCUCUCGGACAUCGGAGUCUCUGCCUUUUGGGCAUUCCUGUGGUUUGUUGGCUUCUGCUUUCUGACCAACCAAUGGCAAGUUUCAAAAGAAGAGGACAACCCAAUGAAUGAGGGAGGGGAUGCAGCCCGAGCAGCCAUCACAUUCUCGUUCUUCUCCAUCUUCACCUGGGUGGGCCAGGCAUUCCUGGCGUAUCAGCGUUUCCGUCUGGGUGCCGAUUCGGCCCUCUUCUCCCAGGACUACAUGGACCCAAGCCAGGACUCCGGCAUGCCUUAUGCUCCCUACACGAAUGAGGAGGAUGCUACAGAUACGGUGGGGACGUACCAGCAGCCCCCUCCUGCAGACGCUUUUGACACUGAGACACAAGGGUACCAAACGCAGAACUACUGAGCCACCGAUGCCCCUUCCCCUUCCCCCUUCCCUUCUGCCCCUUUCCCACUGCUGACAAAAAGCCAAGGCACAAAACAGACGUGCGUUGUGGCACAAGAGGUGGCUCUCAGCUAUGCUCCAGCCCUCUGGGUCAUCUGUUUUUAUUUAUUGUUUUUUUAAAAAAAGCGCCCCAUUACUUAUUCCUCCUGCCCUCAGAGUUACCUGCCAGAACCAAGUUAUUCCAAAUGUGUCACUGUGUCGCAACAAGAAGGGUCCCCCCUUCCCUUCUCUCCCUCCUUCCUCACCACAGGAAGGAAGGAUCUGGCUCAUUCUCUUGGUGGACAGGAGAGAGGGAUUGUGGCACCAGCAGAGCAGAGGAAAAAGGCACUGGAGGAGGAAAGGAAGGAAACAGGGACUGAGGUGUUCCUAGGAGAGCUGGUGCUGCUGAAGGCUGGAGUAGAGCAUCCGAGUUGGGCCCAAGGCCUGGUUGCUCAGGGAGGGAAUAUAUGAGGUGGCAGAAGGGGGGAAGGCGUGAGAGUUAGCAUGCAGGCAUGCAAGGGUGAAGGGAGGGCUGGAGGUGGGUGGGGGAGUGGGAAAGGGGUCCCCACGCAGGCGUGCAAAAACAAAGGUGCUUUUCUCUCACACGCUGAUGCACAUGGAUGAGGGAGAGAUGCUUUAUUUUUAGAGGAUUUGGGGAGGAAUGGUAUUGAGCAGGGGGGAAGAGGGGGAGGGAGCAUAGAGAGAUAAAGUGGGAGGGGAAGGAGGAGGAGUUGCAAAACCACAGACACAUCUGUAGAUUUAGAUGAAGAGACUUGACAGAGUAGAAUAGAAGGACAGUGCCAUGAGAGUCACUCUGUCCCCAGGUCCUUUUGGAUUGAGCUAGUUGUGUUUUUCCCCUCAUCUGUAUGUCCUAAUUGCAGCUCUUCUCAGAUUAGCACUGUGUUUAGUGAAGCAGGACAGGGGAGCUGUCCCUGAGUCCCUGGCACCAAGGUGCAGGCUUUUUGGGAGGAAAGAUGGAGGAGAUGUGCUCCUAGGAAGUCCUUGUCCCCAGCCGCACUGUUUGAGAGAGUCUAAUCAGAAGGAGAGGACAGCUUUGCCAUUUUGCCUUGGGCAGAAGGAGGAGGAGGAGGAGAAAAAAGCUAGUUUCUCUCAUGCCCUGCUGAAUCCUCCUCCUUUCCUCUGCUACUAGACUGCAAAGCCUCUUACUGACACCAUCUUUGUAGCAUGUAGGAAUGGAGCAGGACUUCCCCCGGCAAGAAAUAUUGCUGCUAUGAUGGCCAGCCUGUGUCUGGCUGUUACACAGGGGUAUAACCAAGUAGUAAAGAGUCCUGUGCCUUCCCAGCUGAGCUUUGUGCUUUGCUUCCCACUCAGAUGGGGAGGAGGUCUUAGUGUGCAGUUCAGCAAAGUGAGGUGAAAUGGGCUCUGUCCUUGCAAAAUUGGUUGAGGCCAGGCUGAGCUCUCUGAAAACUGGCCCUCCUAUACCUUACAUAGUGCUUCUUCUGCAGCAUCUGAAAUCCUGGCUGUCUUUAAAGCCUCACCUAGGUGGCAGUAGUGACUGCCAGACAGAGCUCGUAUGGAUGCUUUUCCAUGCUCCUGAUGAUUUUGUUUCAAGUAGAGAUGCUGCUCUGGAAGCACACUAUUUAUUCCACAAUAGAAGUAAUGUUUAUUCCAGAAGAUAAUGUACCUAAAGGGAAAUAAUUCAGCAAUAGCCACCUGGACAAUUUUUCCCAGCACAGACACCUCUCAGAGCACAGUAACACUGGCCUGAGUGGCAGAGAUCAGGAGCAGACCCCAAACCCAUAGGUGCUUCCCCUGUGUGUUCAACCCAUUUUCUGUAGCACCUUCAGGAGUUGGGAAAGAGGACUCAGUGUCUUCCAGACAAGAUGUUCGCACAACCUCAAGCCAGACAUCUUGUCUGGAGGACAAUGAGUCCUCUUUCAUCAGGAUUGCCAUUAAGACAGCAUAAAACAUCUGGGUUACCAGUCCUUCCCCUCUUUCUAGUGUCACUUCUCUCCAGCUCUCCCACCUUGACAGGGAAGGGGUAGAAAACCUAGAGUUGCAGGCCCCAAAGGGAGGGCAAUUUCUCCAUUGUACAUAGGCACAAUUUCUACUUGUUGUCUCGAACUCUUAAGGGCUGCUAGACCUGCCUGCAGGGGUGAGGAAGAGACAUGGGAGAGGCUGAGACGUUGCCUGCAGACUUGUGCUGUGGUCAGCCUUCCCCAUGGUUUGCCAUCCCUUGCUUGUGGUUAACCACUAGUAAAGGAGGAGAGGGGGACUAGUAGGCCUGGUUGAAGCACGAGGAGGAACUUGGUACCUCCCUUGCUCUGUGGCUUUGAAAACAGUACUGUAAAUAGGAAGGGUAUUUUUCAGAAGGAAGCCCCUCAGGCUUCUUCUUCUGUGGGACCAACCUAAUAUUUAGGUUUGGGAGGGGGUUACUUUAUUGAGAGAGAUUUGUCAUGACUGUGGCUGCAGGGGGAGCUCCCUCCAGUCCGUCUCUUCUGCCAGGAGAGGGCACAGAAAGAAAGAUGAGGUGGAGGAGGAGAAAAACUAGUGUACUCACCCAGGCUCAUCUAUAUCAUCCUUCAUGCUUUCAUUUUGGGUGAGGUGGGAAGGGAGGAACCAAGGAGAGGAGGAAGCUAUAAAUAACCAGCCCUCAGCAUAAAAAUGCACUGUACUUUCCAGGAGGAACUGCCCAUAACUUGUCCCCACUCAUCAGGAGGGUGAAGGACUGGGCCUAUGGGAAGGAAGUAUGGGUCAGGCCUGGGGGAGGGGUCUCACCUAGGGGUCUCUUUUGGGGUAUAGCAUGGGACUGUCUUACCUGUCCCUUCUCUCAUUUGAGCUGCAUGAGUGGCUAAACAUCCUUUGAGGCUGACAACUGAGGAGGCUUUUCUGCAUCCUCUUUGGCUUGCUUCCCUCAUGUAACUGAUGGGCUCUGGUGGGCCUGAGGUGGGAACAGGCCUCUCCCUCAAAGCAGGCCUGCCAGUGGGAGGUGAGCUAGGUGGCUUCAUCCUGGGUUACUUCCCACCUCUCUGUCCCUUUCCUCCUCAUUGUAAGUUGCAGGACAGGGACUGCUGUGGCAGGGAAUGCUUUAUAAUAGUACAUACUUCAGCAACUUUUUGCUUUUGCUCAUAGGAGAAGGCAUACGCUCCUUGGGUUAACUUCCUUUAAGCCUUUGCCAUUGAGGCCUAGUGACAACAGGCCUGGGGAUAGGAUUCAUCUUCUUUGUAUGUAGCUCUUUAAAAUGAAGUUUCCCAUGGCAUAGACUGGCUCUGCAGCCGAUGAGAGAUACAGCCCUGUCCAAAGGGCUGGUUAGCCUGUCUGCCUGAGGCACUUCUGUUAAGGUGCUGCCUAUUUCUGAGGGCCAUAGGCAAGGCCUGGGCAGCUGGCUAGGACAUGUCCCUUUUAGAACCUAAACGUGGGUCAGAUCAGUCUCACUCUAAGGAUUAGAGGGAAGGCCAUAUAAGCAAAAUGAUAUGAAGGCUUUCUCCCCCCUCUGCUGUUUGUCUGGAUUACAGAGGAUUAUGUUGCUGAGUCAAAUGCCAUCCCCUGUUGUGAGCACAGGUCCCUCGAUGUCCUCUUGUCUUGUGAAACCCCCAAGGACUGUUUUAUGGAAGUUGGGGCUGUGAAGGGCAAAGAGGUGAUGAAACUUUGCCCCACUUCUACCUAUCACUUCAGUCUCCUGAUGGGUAUUGAGGAACAAGGUUACCCCGUCCCCAGCUCACACACAUCCCCACCGUGCUGUUUGUCACCUCAUUGUACACCCUUCCCCUCUGCAUUAUUCCUUUCAGUUCCCUCAGGGGAGGAGGGCGUCUUUGGUCCCACAUCUUGCACCCUCAUAAGCGCUUGACAGGACCGGGGAAGGCAGCGUUGCAGGAUGGCUCCCAUAGGAGGCUCCGCUCCGGUCUCAAGAGUGUGACCAAGGCAAGGAGCCCAGUGAGGCCACCUCAUGCAGCAAGUCCAAACCAUUCAUCCAAACAACUCUCUGCUGCUUCUGUGACAUCUCUAGCACCAUCUGGGCUGCUCUGCCCCUCCCCCUGCAGCAUUACUGCCUGUGUAUAGUAUAUAUAUUAUAUAUAUAUAUUUAAAAAGAUGUAUAAUAUAAAGCUAUACAUAUAUACGUAUAUACGAUGACUCAUGGAUGGCCCGCCACAUACAGGAUCCCCAGAGUGGACUUGUCUAAGCCCGAGUGUCCCUUCACCCCUCCUCCCCCUCCGACCUUCACCCCGUCUGUUCUAAACUCCAACUACAGUGAACCCCGCCACCUUGGCACCUGUGUUUACAAUGUCCUAUAUAUUUGUGGUUAACAAAGUGAAGGUGGUAACUACUGGUGUCUCAAUAAAGUUAUGACAUUCAAAAUAACCAAA